AUGUUGAAGGACAAAGUGGAGAUUCUGCGUGAAGUCGACGCUGGAAGGAUAAGCAAGAGCGACAUAGCGAAGAAGUAUGGCAUACCAAAAAGCAUGUUGUCGACGUACAUCCGUAACCGCAAAGCCAUCAAAGACACCUACGAAGGUAAGGGUUUCACCCCCGAAAGAAAAAGACUUCGACUUGCGAAACAUCCCGAAAUGGGGAAUGCUUUGAUCACAUGGAUUAAGGAGAUGAGGAGCCAGGACAUUCCCCUGAGCGGACCUAUCAUAAUGGCAAAGGCAGCGGACUUUGCACUUCCCUUGAACAUCGAGGACUUCGCAGCGUCUGAUGGGUGGUUCCACAGAUUUCGAGAGAGGCAUGACCUUGUCUUCCAGGCUGUAUGCGGCGAACGUGGCGACGUUAGUGCGGAAACGUGUACGUUGUGGAAAAAUGAACAGCUGCAGGAGUUCUUGAGGAAAUAUUCGCCGGAUGAUAUUUUUAACGCCGACGAAACCACUUUAUUUUUCAAACUUUUGCCAGACAGGACGAUUGCGUUUAAAGGGGACAGCUGCACGGGUGGAAAGCGCAGUAAGGCUGGCUGCAAACAUGACCGGGACGGAAAAGCUUCCCCUUUUCGUGAUCAGGAAGUCGUCAAAGCCGUGGUGCUUUAA